GCGGCUUCAGAAAUUUGAAGCAUUUGUUGAUGAAAAGGUGGUGCGUGAUGGCAGGUGCGAGGUGCGUGGCGGCCCUGCUGCUGCUGCUGCUGGCGACGGCCCACGGACAGUACGACCGCCUGCCGGGGGAGAGCUGGCCGCUCCGACAGAGGGUCGACCUCACGGUCCACCUCGGCGACGAGGGGGACAGCAGCUUCACCUUCGAAGGCCGGACAAACCUGACGGUGGUUGCGGUGCGCAACACAACGCAGAUCGUGCUACACGCGGCGCUCGGCGUCUCCUCCGUCACGGCAUACGACGCCAGUGGCAGCCCCGUCAGCUCCAGCUACGAGCAGGGAGCCUUCCUGGUCGUCACACUUGCAGAGCAGUUGACCUCGGGUAGCAGUAUCACGCUGGAGGUGGACUUCAGCGGCGAAAUCGGCAACAGGGAGGACGGCUUCGCUAGAUACGACUACCUGGAGAACGGCCAGGAAAAGGCGAUAUACGCGACGCAGUUCGAGCCCAACUUCGCGAGGUCUGCGCUGCCCUGCUACGACGAGCCGGCUGUGAAGACCUUCUACACCCUGAGCGUGCGCGCGCCAGACGGCUACACCGUGCUCUCCAACACUCCAGCCUCCAGCAUCGACGACAGCCCAGACGAGGAUGGCUUCCGCACAUUCCAGUUCGAGGAGACGCCCCCAAUGAGCGCCUACCUGCUGGCCUGGGUCGUGCUGAACACGUCCAGCGUGGUGUCGCCCUCCGACCCGGCCACGACCAUUUGGACGGUGGACAACACACUGCCCCAGGCCGUCUACUCCAGCAUCAUCACGCCCAGUACCGUCUCUGCGAUGGAGCAGCUGGUGGGCGUGCCCUACACACUGACUAAGCUGGACCAUGUGGCCAUUCCCAGCUUCAUAGAGGGGGGCAUGGAGAACUGGGGGCUCAUCACCUACACGCAGGGCAGCCUGCUGGUGCUGGAGAACUACACGUCGGAGGCGACCAAGGAGCAGUCUCUGGGCACCAUCCAACACGAGGUGGCGCACCAGUGGUUCGGGGACCUGGUCACCUGCGACUGGUGGAACGCCCUCUGGCUCAACGAGGGCUUCGCCACUUACUUCCAGUGGAUCGCUACCGAUGUGGUGGAGCCCACGUGGCGCCAGCGCGAGGUUUUCGCGGUGACCACUCUGCUGCAGACCGCCAUGACGGCCGAUGUCAGCGGCGAAGGGUACCCACUCACCAAGAACCCCAACAUCACAGCUGACCAGGCCUUCAUGGAUUACAACAUUUACCAGAAGGGUGCAUCAAUAAUCUGGAUGAUAGAGAACGUCAUGGGAUCUGAUGCGUUCUUCAGAGGCCUCUCCAACUACCUCAGAAACAACAUGUUCAGCGCUGCGACCGACGACCUCCUGCUCAGGACACUGGAUUACGUGACGCCUGAUUCUUACCUGCCCGAGGGAACCUACCUAGAAGAGGUCAUGCUGCCCUGGGUGCGACAGGGUGGCUUCCCUUUCAUCUCAGUCUCCAGGAACUACACCGACGGUUCAGCUGUCAUAUCACAGGCACCGUACCUGUCGGACGCAGACACCGUGUGGCCAGUGCCCAUCACCUACACGUCCCGCUCUGAGGCGAACUUCUCCGCGUCCCCCCCCGCGGCUCUGGCUGCUGGAAUCUGAGCUGGAGGUGCCGGCCAUGGCUCAGCCAGACGACUGGCUACUCCUCAACCUGCACGUGGCUGGCUACUACCGGGUGAACUACGACGAGCAGAACUGGGCGCUGCUGACGGAGCAGCUGCGGUCCGACCCCGAGGCCAUCCCGCCUGCGAACCGCGGGCAGCUGCUGGACGACUCGGCCAG